UCACACCGACUGUACGGCCGUCACUUUCUGUGCUCUCUCGUCCAAAUCCUCGCGCUCUCUCUUUCUUCUCUGGGCUCGAUCGGCGCGCCACUGCUGAAAGUCAUGGGUCGUUGACCUCUCAGCAACCCACUGCUCAUACUCGUCCUUCUGCCGGCCGAUCUCGGCCAGCCUUUUCUUGACACUUCCCAUAGUCUCCAUCUGGGUGCUCGUGUCCAGCGAGAAGGGGCUGCUAUAGCGCAAGAAUGGGCCGCUAUAGUAGAAAAGGCUGACGUCCCUGUCGCUGAGGUACUGGAGCGCCUGAUUCAUUGCCUCGUCCCCAGUCUUGUUGCCGAUCCACCUCUUGAAGGCCUCCUCUCCUCCCGUGAUAAAGCACGCCGCGUGGAUGUCCAUAGUCCCGUAUUCCCACUGCCCUCCGCCCAUCUCCGUGUUGUAGGCCCAUCCCUUAAACUUUUUCUUCAACAACAUCAUCUCGUCAAUCUGCUCCUGCAGCCGGCCAGAGUUCCAAUCGUCCUUGAUGGUCCUCAUGUCGAAGCCCUUGUGCGCCACAAGACUCGUCAUCACGUCCUCGUCACCGGGGCUUGUCUGGAUCAGGUGGCUCGAGUGCCUUUCCUUCAGCUCAGACCAAUCAUCCGGCCAGCCAAUCGCGUAGAGAAU